CCACUUGGGUGAAUGAAUGGGCUUGAAGGCAACUCCAGAUGCAGGAGGCGCGUUGCGGAGAAACGUGUCAUUUACGAGAAAGUUUGUUUCCUAUAGAGACUGCAGUUGGCAGCUGCACUCCCAGUCGGUUGCGAGAAAAGCUCCCCACCUGGGGAAGCGAGGCAGCUCCCGUGUGCGCUUGGCAGGGAGGACGCGGUGGCGGCGGGACUCGAACUCGGUCGUCGAAGGGCGCCCCGCAGGGUCCCGUCUGUAGCCCGGACGGCGUGCCCAGGUUGGAGUGGGAGGGAGCCGGCGUGCACAGCUGUCUUUGGUCGGGCUCAGGCUUCCGCUCCCUGCCUGCUCCCCUUUCCAGCCUCCCGCCCCAGAAAUGAUCUCAAGCGUUGCCAGUUUGAUUCCAGAGCCCCACUCGGGUGGGUUCUUUUGUUUCUUUGUUUUAAUGACAGUUCCCAGCCCUUCGGCAUGUCAUGCGCAAUUAAUUCCCUGGCUCUCACGAAGGCAGCUGGGGUGAAAUUUCUUCUGCAUCAUCCUUUUGGGGAUAAUUGUUUAUGAUGUGACGUCAGUCGGAUUGAUUUUUCUCUCUUGAAUGAAGGGUGGGAGGGGAGAAAGAGAGACGGAGAGAGAGAGAGAGGCGCACAGAUGUGCACGGAGGCCACCGACACUGACAUUUGGAAUUCCUUCAGGGUAAAAGGACACCGGAAUGGGAGCUUAAAAAUGUAUUGCUAAGAUUUCAGGCUGCACGGAAUUGUUAAGUUUUUCUUAAAAAAAAAAAAAAAGAAAAGAAAGAAAGAAAAAGAAAAGAACCCCCUCCGCAGCAAGCCACUUAGGUGCUCCUUUCACGCCAGAGUCCCCUGUUAAGGUGGCAGCCCUUGGAAUUAAUCUCGGGCACCCAGCCGCUGCUGCAAGCUUAAGGAGACGACGAGGAGGGGCGGGGGAAGUGCGUCACCAGCGGACGCAAUAGACCUCAGCAGCGGCGUGGUGAGGACUUAGCUGGGACCUGGAAUCGUAUCCUCCUGUGUUUUUUCAGACUCCUUGGAAAUUAAGGAAUGCAAUUCUGCCACCAUGAUGGAAGGAUUGAAAAAACGUACAAGGAAGGCCUUUGGAAUACGGAAGAAAGAAAAGGACACUGAUUCUACAGGUUCACCAGAUAGAGAUGGAAUUCAGGGGAAAAAAAAGACCCAGAAGACUCAGCUUCUCCUCACCUCUUGCUUCUGGCUCAGAGCCCUCUCGUUAACUCUGUCUCAGAAGAAAAGCAAUGGGGCACCAAAUGGAUUUUAUGCGGAAAUUGAUUGGGAAAGAUAUAACUCACCUGAGCUGGAUGAAGAAGGCUAUAGCAUCAGACCCGAGGAACCCGGCUCUACCAAAGGAAAGCACUUUUAUUCUUCGAGUGAAUCGGAAGAAGAAGAAGAAUCACAUAAGAAAUUUAAUAUCAAGAUUAAACCAUUGCAAUCUAAAGACAUUCUUAAGAAUGCUGCAACUGUAGAUGAAUUGAAGGCAUCAAUAGGCAACAUCGCACUUUCCCCAUCACCAGUGAGGAAAAGUCCGAGGCGCAGCCCGGGUGCAAUUAAAAGGAACUUAUCCAGUGAAGAAGUGGCAAGACCCAGGCGCUCCACACCAACUCCAGAACUUAUAAGCAAAAAGCCUCCUGAUGACACUACGGCCCUUGCUCCUCUCUUUGGCCCACCACUAGAAUCAGCUUUUGAUGAACAGAAGACAGAAGUUCUUUUAGACCAGCCUGAGAUAUGGGGUUCAGGCCAACCAAUUAAUCCAAGCAUGGAGUCGCCAAAGUUAACAAGGCCUUUUCCCACUGGAACACCUCCACCACUGCCUCCAAAAAAUGUACCAGCUACCCCACCCCGAACAGGAUCCCCUUUAACAAUUGGACCAGGAAAUGACCAGUCAGCCACAGAGAUCAAAAUUGAAAAACUACCAUCCAUCAAUGACUUGGACAGCAUUUUUGGGCCAGUAUUGUCCCCCAAGUCUGUUGCUGUUAAUGCUGAAGAAAAGUGGGUCCAUUUUUCUGAUACGUCCCCGGAACAUGUUACUCCGGAGUUGACUCCAAGGGAAAAAGUGGUGUCCCCACCAGCUACACCAGACAACCCAGCUGACUCCCCAGCUCCAGGCCCUCUCGGCCCCCCAGGUCCCAUGGGCCCCCCAGGGCCUCCCGGGCCUCCUCGCAAUGUACCAUCGCCGCUCAAUUUAGAAGAAGUCCAGAAGAAAGUCGCUGAGCAGACCUUCAUUAAAGAUGAUUACUUAGAAACAAUCUCAUCUCCUAAAGAUUUUGGGUUGGGACAAAGAGCAACUCCACCUCCCCCACCACCACCCACCUACAGGACUGUGGUUUCGUCCCCCGGACCUGGCUCGGGCCCUGGUACGGGGACCACCAGUGGUGCAUCAUCCCCUGCUCGACCAGCCACUCCUUUGGUUCCUUGCAGCAGUACCACUCCACCUCCACCCCCUCCCCGGCCUCCAUCCCGGCCAAAGCUACCACCAGGCAAGCCUGGAGUUGGAGAUGUGUCCAGACCUUUUAGCCCUCCCAUUCAUUCUUCCAGCCCUCCUCCAAUAGCACCCUUAGCGCGGGCUGAAAGCACUUCUUCAAUAUCGUCAACCAAUUCCUUGAGCGCAGCCACCACUCCCACAGUUGUGUCAGAAGAUGAUGUUUUUUAUGACAAACUGCCCUCGUUUGAAAGGCGCUGUGAAACGCCUGCAGGUUCUUCCAGGGGACCCAGCCCCCUAACCAUGGGAGCCCAGGACACUCUCCCUGUUGCAGCAGCAUUUACAGAAACAGUCAAUGCCUACUUCAAAGGAGCUGAUCCAAGCAAAUGUAUCGUUAAGAUUACUGGAGAAAUGGUGUUGUCAUUUCCUGCUGGCAUCACCAGACACUUUGCCAACAACCCAUCCCCAGCUGCUCUGACUUUUCGGGUGGUAAAUUUCAGCAGGUUAGAACACGUCCUGCCAAAUCCCCAACUUCUCUGCUGUGAUAAUACACAAAAUGAUGCCAAUACCAAGGAAUUCUGGGUAAACAUGCCAAAUUUGAUGACUCACCUAAAGAAAGUGUCUGAACAAAAACCCCAGGCUACAUAUUAUAACGUUGACAUGCUCAAAUAUCAGGUGUCUGCCCAGGGCAUUCAGUCCACGCCCCUGAACCUGGCAGUGAAUUGGCGAUGUGAACCUUCAAGCACUGACCUGCGCAUAGAUUACAAAUACAAUACAGAUGCAAUGACGACCGCUGUGGCCCUCAACAAUGUGCAGUUCCUGGUCCCCAUCGAUGGAGGAGUCACCAAGCUCCAGGCGGUGCUCCCACCAGCAGUCUGGAAUGCUGAACAACAGAGAAUAUUGUGGAAGAUUCCUGAUAUCUCUCAGAAGUCAGAAAAUGGAGGGGUGGGUUCUUUGUUGGCAAGAUUUCAGUUAUCUGAAGGCCCAAGCAAACCUUCUCCAUUGGUUGUGCAGUUCACAAGUGAAGGAAGCACCCUUUCUGGCUGUGACAUUGAACUUGUUGGAGCAGGGUAUCGAUUUUCGCUCAUCAAGAAAAGGUUUGCUGCAGGAAAAUACUUGGCAGAUAACUAAUAAUAUCUUAUGCAAGGAUUUGGAGGAUUCAUAUAAUGGAGAACUGAUGUAUGAGAAACAGGUUUUAAUUUUGGUUUGAUGAAAACAAACCAAUAUCUGCACUUGGGAUAUAUCAGGUGGAAAGUCAAUGACUUUCAGCUGUGAUUUCCCUCACACAAUACCAUGAUGACCAGUCCUACAGUAUUUACUUCUAGGUGUAAUAUUGUUAAUGGUUUUAAAAUGUAAUUAUUGUAUUUGUAAAUUGUACUCUCAUUCCAGUAAAGCAGUUAGACACUUGAGUUUUAGCAUUUUACCAUUCCUGAAAUGGAUGUAAUUCAAACUGUGGUAUGUAAAUUUAAUAGUAGUAUUGUUGAAUGGCACAAUGCUUACAGAGGUAGAUUGCAUUUUGUCAAUAUAUAAAAUUUAAAUAUAAUAUUGAUAGCUGUCAUAAAGGGGGUGCCACACAUUAAAGAAACUUAAGUGGAACCAGAAGAAAAAGAAACAAACUUACUUUUCUUCAAUCCUUAGUAUGUUUUACUCUAGUGCUAAAUAAAAAUUCUAUCUUCAAAUGUUUAGUGGGUUAAAUUGAGAAACUAUUUCAGAAAAAAAUUCUAAGGUUACAGCAUAUUCAAAGAAAAGCAUUAGUUACCACUUUUUAAAAAGCUUUUUUUUCAAACUGCAAAUUUCAUAAAAAUGCAAACUGUGUAAACAGGGCCUCUUAUUUUUAUAACUUGUGUAAAAAGGGAAAGCAAUUCAUAUUUAAAGUUUAAGUAUAUUAAAUUAUAAUCAAGAGUAAAGAAGAUGUUGAAGUCUUAACUACUCGCCCCUCUCUACAGUUUAGCAAAUGUGGGGAUUGCUGAAUAAUCAGUCAGACUAAAACCAAAAUUGUGAUUUUAAGAUUUCAAGACUUUCCAUAGCUGAACUGGCUAACAACUUUUGCUUAAUUACUCUGAAUAGAUGAUCUUACUCAUCCAGUAUGGGGGAAUGAUACCUCGCGUCUUCCUCUUUCUCCACAGGAAAUCAAAACACUGAGACUGAGAAUUUUAGGGAAAAAAAAAAGUCCCCUGUUUAGAUCCAGAAGGAUUUUAAUCAUUGUUUAUAUCAUUUGAGAAUGAAAAAAUAAGCUUUAUAAAUGAAAUUCUAUUCACAUUACUGUGUAAUAAAUUUCCUUUCAGAUGAUUAAGAUUCAUUGUAUAAAACUGUAAAUCUUUGCCAUUCUUGGAGAAGUAAGAGGAGAGUUACCAAAAAUGUAUGUCAUUUCAUCGUUGCAAGGUAUAAUAAAAACUGUAAUUAUUCAAUCUGGCCCCACCAUAUGAACAUUUAGAAAGACGAACUUCUUCAGGAGUCUCAAUUGUAAAACCUUCCCUCAUUCAGAUCUGAAAAUGUUAGUUUUCCUUUAAGUCCUAGAACUUAUUGAAACAUAAACCAAUUUAUAUUAUAGGUUAUGUUAUUAAAUAACUAUAAUUAUUAAGUUAUUAUUUUUAUAAUUAGUCGUUAAAUUUUCAUUUUAUAUCCACUCAAAUUUAACAAAGAAUCUUUAGCCCCUUUAAAUUUUAGAAUCAAAUUAAAUUUUUAAAGUCUUACUUCUAAAAUGAGAUUGUGACUGGCAAUUGUUUACAGUGCAACUUUUUAAAUUAAUCUUUGUACUCCUCUAUUAGUGCUUGCUACCAAAAGAAUGUUCCAGAUGAUUUGUUUUACCCUGGGAAAAUUCUUACUAUUCAACAAGCUCUCAGUCGGCUCCCUAAAGCAGUCUGGUGUUGAAGUUUCUUUGAACAAACUAAUUAGUAUACUCAUUUUAUGUAAAGGUAUCCAAUUUGGUUUUGAAACCAAAAUAGAAAAUGCAAAAUUCUAAAUUCCAUGAAACAUGGAAUUUAUGACACCAAAAUCAAUGGAGAGUAAGUAGCAGAAAACUGAGAAUUGUCCAGCAUAUGGAUAUAACAAUGUGUUUUUAAGUAAUCAAUUCAUUUAAAAAUUUGAAUAUUAAUACAAAGCAUAUUAAAAAACGUGUAAAUAUUACUGGUUCUCAUGUCUUUGUAUUUAUAUUUUAUUUUGUUUUAUUUUGUAUAGCUCUGGAAUGAAUUAGUAAUUAAACGCAAGGGUUUUUUCCAAAAAAAUAAUUUUAUUGAUUUUUUAAAAUGUAAUUAAAAGCAUAGAUUACAGUAAUCUCUAACAUUAUUCAAAUGUUUCUAGGGACUAAAUUAGAAACUAUGAAGAAAUCCUGUAAUUCCUUAACUGGUCUUUAUGAAACAGAAUGGGAGUCAGCAAUUUCAAAAUGAUUGAACUAUGAAUAACCAGAACCUCAAUAGAAAAUGUAUCCCUUCAUCUCUCAGAAAAGACCUCAAAUAAUAACACAGAAAGCUGGUAUCAGGGAUUUGUAUUUUGACAUUUUGUUGUUCUUUUUUUAAUUUUGUAGAUUAUAAUCUCCUGUUACAUCUAUAUCCACAGUACUGUAGAAUAAGAAUUCAUGUCCUGAAAAUGAUCCUAGGCAAUGAAAGAGUCCAGUUAUCAAAGACAUUAAGUCAGAUUCAUUUGUUCAUUUUAUUCCCAAGUCAGAAUAAAAUGAACUAGUAGGUAUUAAAACUAUUUUCAGUACUAGGGGUUAAAACAAAAAGAAAUGGUUCCAGUUAACCAGAACACCAUUUCCUGAACGUUAUGGUCUUUAAAAGGUUCUGCUUUAGUAAGAUUAAAAAGUAUAAAUGAUGCUACUUUAUUUUGGCAACAUGGAAAGUAUGUUUUUCUUUUCCAAUAAAUUCCAUAUUUUCAUGAAAUUUUUAAAAAUAAAUUUUUAUUAAGAAUUAGUCUGAAUUUUAUCAUAAUUGAAAUUUAUAAUUACUAAGAAUUAAAUUUUUAAUCAUUUCUAAAGUUGUAUUCUUCUCUACACCCACAGCCAAAAUGGAAAUUCACUGUAUGGUAUUUGGGAAUAUAUUUCACCUGUAAAAGAAAGAAUGUCCACAAUUCAAAGGGUUUUGAGUUAAUAAAUAGGAAUCCCUGAGUCAAACUACAGAAUUUUUUUCGCUUUAUAUAUUCUUAGUCAGCAAAGUAUUUGAGCUAUAAUUACACAUAUUUCCACUUCUAAAUCUUCUUUUAGAAAGCAGAUAACUAUAAUACUACAGUUGGGUCUACCCCUAACUCCUGCUGUAUGAUAUUGGACAAGUCACUGCCCUUUUCAGUUUCUCAUCUUUAGAAUGAGGAGUUGGGAUUGCCAGUGGUUUUCAAGCUUUUCUUAACAGCAGGGCAUUUGUUUCUAAUAAAAUUGCACAUGGAAUCCUGGUAGGCAAAACAGCUCGAAGAAAUGCAGGAGUUUCUCCAACAGUUUAAAUCAGGGCUCCCCAAAGCGUGGUUUAAACACCAUAACAACAUGCAAUGAUCUGUCAAGUGUCUUCCAACUCUGAAGUUCCACAGUUGUAAUUUAUUCAGAUAAACCACCUUUUGAGGCUUUAUAAGCAAACUUGUAAAAAUCAUAGUAAUUGAAUGAUACACAAUAAAAACUGACAGAGUGUUUACCACGUAGCAGUCACUACAGAUAUUAGCUCAUUUAAUCCUCUUAUCAAUCAAAAACUUGUAAGUAUUCUUUUUAAUUCCUGUUUUACAAGUGAUGACACUGAGGCUUAAAUAGAAUAAUUAAUUUCCCCAAAAUGACACUGCAGCUGAAAGUAACCCAGUUAUUCUGACUGCAAAGGAAAUGCCUUAAUUGCUUUUUCCAUCCUGAACAAAAAAAAAAUCUGUUUUAUGUCACUGUACAUACUUCAUUUGAAUGCCAAGGUAAAAGCCACCAUGAAAAACCAUUACCAAAAUAAGGAUAAUUCCAAUAACAAAAUUGUCAAAAAAGAAUCACUGCUUCUCAAAGUAUGAUUGGUGUCAUCACUUAUUAAUGUUUUGUAUCAUCACUUAUUAAUGAUUUUGUCUUGGUCACCACUAUGCCUAGAAGAUAGUAGGGACUGAUAAACAUUGUUAAACACCGUAACAACACACAAUGAUCUAUGAAAUGUCAAUGUCUUCCAUCCCUGAAAUUCCAUGAUUCUACUUUACUCAGAUAAACCACCUUUUGAGGCAUUAUAAGGUAACAUGUAUAAUCAAGUUCAUACAAGCUAUACACAGUAGGCAUCGAUAAAUUUGUAUUGACAGCAUAAACUUCUAGGGAUGGGAUUUGGGAAUAUACAUUUUGAUAAGUGCCCCAAAUUUGAGAAUCAUUGCUCUAGUAGAUCUCUAAGGUCCUUCUUAGUUCUGACAUUAUAUCAGAUUUUAAGCAUUAAAUUCUAAGAUGAAAAACAUUUUUCUAGUCAGUUUAUUUUUCAUUCAGUCCACUUAAUUGCCUACAAUCUUAAAAAAAAUAUAUUUUUUUCCUAGGAAAAUUCCUAUCUUUUUCUUAAAGUUACUCUGUUAUACUAUCUCAGUCUCAAAGUAGCCUGAAAUGCAUUUUCUCAUUUUCGUAUUUCUGUCCUUUUCUUCAGUGUCUUAAAAGACUUGAAGUAGAAGGGAGGUUGCAAGCUGUUAUUUAUUCAAACACAAAAUCCUAAUAAAUGUUUCCUUCUUUGCAAGGGACAUUCAGAUCUCUAACUUGUGAGUUGAACCUAUUUAUUUUGUAAGCUUUUGACUUUACAAACAUGUGGUAUCCUCAUUCUAAAAGAGUCGCACCAAUAUUUUUUCUCAAAAUAGCCACAGGCUGUAAAUUAAAUUGAACAAUACAGUAAAAUAUGCGGAUACAUACUAAACAGAUGAGUGUGUGUGUAUGUGUCUGUGUUUAAGCUUUUCCUUUUCCAAAAGAUUAUAUAUUUGAGCAAAAUCCCAUUCAGUCUGAAUGUACUCAUUUUGCCACAUGGUUUUCUGAUCAGCAAAUUUUUUUAAAAAAUGAAAGCAUGAUAUUAUAUUUAAUAAUAGAAAAACAAGAGUGAUCUCUAAAUAUAGCCUUGAAAGUUAAUGUAAUAUUAUGUAUCCAUACAAUGAGUCAAAUUAAAUGGUUGAUAUAAAUGUACAAAUCAAUCCAAGUCACACUGAUUAAAGGGACUAUUCGAAUGACCAGCCUCACCACCUUUUACUGUGUGCACUUUCCUCUUAAGGCUUUAUUGUAUUUUCCCUGCUCCUUUAGGCUUUUUUAUCAUGUGGAAACAGUAUCUAAAUGCCAUUCCCUCACUUAUGAAUUAAAUAUGGCUACCAUUAAUGUUCCUUUUUGUCAGUGGAGUGUAUGGCAGGAAAAUGAAACAGGAAUACAUUGCUUAAGUCUCUAAAUAUUAAAACAAACAAACAACAACAAAACACUUGCCUUUCUCUUGUGUCAUUGCUUCAAUGUUCUGUCAUCUUCUGCAAGCUAGAGUUGCAUUGUUGAUAUCUAAUUAAGAUCUAAAUAUCUUUCAUGAAGGAAUGUUAAAUGUAAAGUCUGUUGAGUUGACCAUGGUGAAUCUCUUGAUUGGCCCUCGUUUAAUAUCUGAUUUCUUUCCUAAAUGGGUAUGUCUGUGAGGAAAAGAUACCUCAUAGUUGACAUUGACCAUGGGUAUAAUAAUUUAUUCUCCAGGAUUAACUUCUAAAAUUAUUUUUCCUUUGAUUUCUAACUGCCUCCUUCUAUCCCUAGAGUAAUACCUUGCCUAUCUUAAAUACAUCUUUAUCCUUGUAAAAAAAUGUUUUGGCAAAAAACGAAUAUAUUUUUUAAUGUCCCAUAAUGUUUUAAAGGAAAGAAGUAAAGAGUAUUUGGGCUAUGCUCACCAAUAUUCCAGUAUUUUACAAAUUGUGUUCUGGAAGAUAUUCAUUGUGGUCUGAGAACAAAUGGUCCUAUACUAUAAUUCUCUCUCCUUGGACAUUAAUAAUAAAUGUUAGUGUUUAAUGAAGCUUAAGAAAGUUAUUGAAUGAGGUAAAAACUUUUUUUUUCUAAGCACACCUUGAGAAACCUUUGGAAAAGUUUUCUUUUAACACUAGUUUAUAUAUCCUUCAAUAAUUGUAAAUAAAAUAACCAGGAAUGCUUUGAAAAAAUGCUUCUGGAAUUUUGUUUUAAUUUUAAGGGAAUUCCUGUCAUUUCAAAUGAAUUGUUAUCUAUUUUAAAUUUCAUUAGUAUCUCUUAGUGAAUUUAACUUUAUCAUCUAAAAUAUUCAAAACAAUAAAAUUUUUAAAAUUGUUUUUGUAUUAUUUUUAAGGCUUGCACCUAUGACCAGCAUAUCAGACCCCAUCUGUUGAAGAUGUUUCCAAUUACUUGCAGUGUGGAAUUAAUGCCAGUGAAUAAUCUGCAGCAAUGUUUUACUAAACAGCUUUAGGAAACUGAAUCAUGAUAGAUCCAUGUUGACAGUAUUUUUACAUAAGCUUGUCAGAAAUUAUAUUUAAAACAUUUUGGGGAAAGCCAAGAGCAGUGCAUUGUUUAGCACAGAUUUUGCGAGAUUCUCUACUCUUAAUGAGCAUUUCACAGGUUUUUGUUGUUGGUGGUGGUGGUGGUGGUGGUGGCUUUUUUUUUUUUGCUUUGCUUUACUUUGCCAAUCAGUUGCUUUUUUAGCAAAUCAACAACGUUUCUUUAAAAACUUCCUGGGUAAAUUGUCUGUUAUCAUAUAGAAAAGAAUCAAACUGAAUCACUUUACAUUUCUCUAAAGAUAGUUCAGUUUUUAAUCCAUCCAGAAUUUGUGAAUCAGCCUGAUAGAUCAUAAGCCAUGUAUAAUUUUAAAAUGUUCCAUUGAAUGAGUAUAUCAUACAAAUGUUAAUUCCAUCUCACUCAUUCAGUUUUAUAUUACUUUUAUGACUUUUUAUCUGGCAAAGUAAAUGUUUGAUAUUAUUCAUAUAUCAUCGCUCUAAGGUAUUUUAAAUCAUACAACAAGUAACUAUCACAAGGACCACUGUCCCAAGAUCCAAAGUCAGAUUUUUUUUUUCUUUUCAAGUUGCUAGAAUGAUCAUUCAUAUAGCUGUUUUGACUUUUGAUGUCAGAAUUUAGUUCUUGCUUUGUUAAAUAGACAUACAUGGAAGAGUUGUCUCCUGUCUAAUUCAUAUUCUCUCUCUCUUUAUCUCUCUCUCUCUCUUUCUUUCUCUCUGUGUGUAUGUCUCUCUCUCUCCCCUCUCUGUCUAAGGGGAAUUGGAAAAUUGCUGCUGAAUAAUUUUUCUUGAAAAAGCCAAGUGUUGAUAUGAUGAUAUAUUAAUCUUAUUUAUGAACAGAGCCUCCCUACAGGCCAAGCAGUAACGUAUACAGCUGACUUUUUAAGUUGUUUGAACACGAUUGUUUUUGAUUAAAAAGAAUUUUUGGGUUUUUUUACUUGUAUAGUAAAAGAUCAUAUGAAUUAAAUGCUCAGAUAUUAAUUUUCAUUCCUACUAAGUGGCCAUGUAAGGCAUUGAUUUUUUAAAACUUGAACAAUAUAAGAAACUAGGAAUCUCAGAAAGAUUGUGCUGUGUUUCUAUAGGUAAUGAAAUCCUGUCAAUUAAGGAAAAUGCUGUGUGUAAUUUGAUUUGGUGGUAGCCUUUAUUUAGAGCUCUCUUUGAUCCAUGUAGCAAAAAUAGACUAAAUUUCUUUUUAAUCUUGUACUGAGUACAUAAUUUCACAAAAAUACCUUGGGUAUAAAAUAUUUAUAAAAGGAAUUGUGGAUUAAAAUACUCAAGAUACUUUUAAAAUUUAGUCAAAAUGUUGAUUCCCAGCCUUUUUCCUACACGUCUAUUUCAAAAAAGUAUACUUUAUUCUGACAGCCAUUACUGCUUAGUCUGUGAUGAAAGCUUUACUGCUUCUAUGCUGUGCUCAGGAGAAAACCAACAACAGAAGCGAAGGCUUGCUCCUUCACAGAAUUGCAGCAAAGCUCUCUGCUGGCAAUGGUGACAGGAAAGUGUGUAAUUGACUUGUUGAAGAUAAUCAUGAGAUCAUCUGAACAUUACUUGCCUUAUAAGUUAGAAAUAGUAUGGAUAUCACUUUUUGUAAAUAAUAAUUUUUGUGUUUUUUGUUCAUAAUUUUCCCAAUCACCUAUUUCACAAAAUCCUGAAUAUGCAAUUAUUUAUUAUGACACAUUACUGCAACUAGGGCUCCCAUUCCAGAACAAAGUUAAAUUCUAUAUGUAAGUUGUUACUGAAAUGUGAUUUCUUUUUCUGGAAAAUAAAUGAAAAAUAUGAAAAUAAAUUGAAUUGUAAAUCUC